AUGUCAAUAUCUGUUACAGUCAACUUGACUCUCAUCCCCUCUUCCGUCAUGGCGAAGUCUCCUCCAAUCAUCAGGUCAUUCUUCGAGCCUAUCCCGUCACCCUCACAAUCUGCACAUAAAGGCCAUCUUCCCACUCUGCAAACUACUACAGCUGCGAAUGAAGGCGGGCUCAUUGAGCCCAAAGCCAGAAAAAACACAGCAAGGCUCAGUCCGGGUCAUUGGCAGCCUCGACAUGAUUAUGAGGAGGUCAGCAUCGGCGAACUCGCACCGGGACCUAGAAGGGUUUCCUUCAUUGCCCGAGUGGUCAAUCUGUAUGAUGAUCAGAACGUGCACAGCAAGAAGUCAGAUUCAGCAAAAGGAUGCUUGAAGGUUCUGAUGAAGGAUGACAGUGCCUUGAUACAGACCAACCUAUGGUAUGCGGACGUGCCCUACCAAAUCCGCUUGGGUGAUCUGGUUGCUGUCUGGACGACAUAUGUUACCUCAGCCUCGUCCAAUCCCGCAUCAGCCGACAGCAGUCAGGCAGCAACGCUGGUUACUCACAUCUUUCCAGAAAGAGAAGCCGGUUGUGCAAUCCGCAAUGCCAAUCGAUCAGGCUUGGACCAGUCCGUUUGCAACACUCCUCUCGGAUACGUCUGUGGGCGUUCACUAUUCGGCCUGGUGAGUUUGACAUCAUUCUUCGACGACAAAGGUGAUGAAGUGCUCAAUGCGAAAAUCCUCGUUUGUGUUAAGGCAAUUGGUAGCAUGCCCACCUCCACAUCAAAAGAAGGCGACCCCGUAAGAACAUUGAGUGUCGUUAUCUGCGACGAAAGCAGCGAGGCCACUCUGUCCAUUUCCGGGCCCGUCGUCUCAUCAGCGAUAUUAUGGAAGGAACACUCGACGAUCCUUCUCCUCUCCUCACCAGCGAAACGGCUUGGUCAUAACCUCACCAUCACAGCUCGUACUCUGAUCGAGAUCAACCCCAAUGUCAGUGAAGCCGAACACCUACGAAAAUGGAUCCAGCGCGAGAACUGUCCCAUCAACGAGCCAUUUCCAGUAGCCCUCUUCGACAUCAAAGCCAUAGCCCACGCACCCAUCCGUCUUCAAUUCACCCUCGCAAGCCUCGACAGCUUCAUCCGUGCCUUCCCUUCCCAGCCACAUACUGGGUAUCUAUCCGUCAUUCUAACCAAACUCAAUCUCCUCUCUCUAUGGAAGACGCAGCAGCUCUUCUCGAUGCAAUGCCGCUGCGGCCAAGCGAUCUACGCCAACGCACGCAGCGGCCACUGCGCAGCAUGCAACACCUCCGAGAUCAAACUGCGCAUCAACGCCAACCUCGUCUCCGAGAUGACGGACGAGACGGGGGCCAUCUCCAGCACAUUCCUGGCCUCCACCUCUCACCCGCCUAAUCCCUCCAAAACCACCCACACCUCCAGUAGAACACACAGCAGAAAACCAAGCAAGAUCCUCUGGACAGACGAAGCAUGGACGCAACUCCUCGGCCGGAGCCCAGAGCAGCUGGCCAAGCUGGUAGACACGUGCGACGCGGCACAGGCGCAGCACAAUCUCAGCAUACUGCGCUAUCUGGAACAAAGACUCUCGUUCAUGCGCGUCAUACUCCUCGUGGGCUGGACCGGAGAUGAUGAGCUGGGAGGCCGGCUGGCCGUGCUGGGCGUGGUUGGCUGA